AUGGCCCCGCAGAGGUCUGUGCGGCUGUCCCUGAAGAAGCCCACCUACGCCGUGUGUGUGGUGGGGGUCGAGACGUCUGUGGACGUUCACAGUGAUGUGCCCAAGGGGGCCAAGACCUUCGGGGUCUCUGGGAGCUCUGGAGUGGAGGUGUUUGUGGUCUACGACCCAGCACGGGUGACGGUGCCCCCAGAUGAGUCCCGCUGGCCGCUGGCCGCCGACGUGGAGGUGACCCUGUCCGUGGACGCGGCCAGUAAGGACUUGAAUGAUCUCAAGGUCAAGGUGUCCUACUUCGGGCAGCACGAGGGCGGUGCCCUGGGCCACAGCGUGCUCUACCUCACUGGCGUCGACAUCUCCCUGGAUGUCGACACGGCUCGCAGGGGCAAGGUGAAGAGGAGCCACGGCGACAAGAAAACCUGGCGCUGGGGGCCCGAGGGCUAUGGGGCCGUCCUGCUGGUGAACUGUGACCGGGACAGUGUCAUGUCCAGAGGGCCCGACCUCACCGACAGCCAGCUGACGUCACUGGACGACCUGCAGGACAUGUCCCCCAUGGUGCUGAGCUGUGACGGCCCAGACAGGCUCUUCGACAGCCACAAGCUGGUCCUGAACGUGCCCUUCUCGGACUCCAAGCGAGUGGGGGUCUUCUGUGCUAGGGGCGGCAAUUCCCUCGAGGACUACAAGCAGGUGCUCGGGCCUCAGCGCCUGUCCUAUGACGUGGAGCGGCAGCGGGGGGAGCGGAAGAUCAACUUCUUUGUGGAGGGACUCGCCUUCCCUGACGCCGAUUUCUUGGGGCUGGUGUCCCUCAGCGUCAGCCUGGUGGACACGGGGACCCUGCCUGAGGUGCCCCUCUUCACAGACACCGUGGCCUUCCGCGUGGCUCCCUGGAUCAUGACCCCCAACACCCAGCCCCCACUGGAGCUGUAUGCGUGCAGUGUGGUAGACUCUCAUGGCCCAAAUAAGAAAUUUCUGGAAGACAUGUCUGACCUAGCGUUGAAAGCCAACUGCAAGCUGGUCAUCUGCCCUCAGGUUGAAAAUCGAAAUGACCGCUGGAUUCAGGACGAGAUGGAGUUUGGCUACACGGAGGCCCCUCACAAAGCCUUCCCAGUGGUCUUUGACUCCCCCCGAAACCGAGGUCUGAAGCAUUUCCCUUAUAAGCGGAUCCUGGGUCCCGACUUUGGAUACGUAACCCGGGAGAUCCUGUUCGCCGGCGCCUCCAGCCUUGACUCUUUCGGCAACCUGGACGUCAGCCCGCCGGUCACCGUGGGCGGCAAGGAGUACCCCCUGGGCCGCAUCCUCAUCGGCAGCAGCUUCCCCAAGUCCGGUGGGAGGCGAAUGACCAAGGUGGUGCGGGACUUCCUACAGGCCCAGCAGGUGCAGGCGCCCGUGGAGCUCUACUCCGACUGGCUGUCCGUGGGCCACGUGGAUGAGUUCCUGAGCUUCGUGCCCACCUCUGACCAAAAGGGCUUCCGGCUGCUCCUGGCGAGCCCCAGCGCUUGCCUCGAACUGUUCCAAGAGAAGAAAGACGAGGGGUAUGGGGAGGCCGCCCAGUUUGAUGGGUUAAGGCACCAGGUGAACAGAAGCAUUAAUGAGAUGCUGGCGGACCAUCGCCUCAGGAACGACAGUCUCUAUGUACAGAAAUGCAUCGACUGGAACCGGGAGGUGCUGAAGCGGGAGCUGGGCCUGAGCGAGCGGGACAUCGUGGACAUCCCCCAGCUCUUCUCCCUCAAGGGCUCCUACGCAGAAGCCUUCUUCCCUGACAUGGUCAACAUGGUGGUCUUGGGCAAGUACCUGGGCAUCCCCAAGCCCUUCGGGCCCAUCAUCAACGGCCAGUGCUGCCUGGAGGAGAAGGUGCGGUCCCUGCUGGAGCCGCUGGGCCUCCACUGUAUCUUCAUUGAUGACUAUUUGUUCUACCACGAGCUGCUGGGGGAGAUCCACUGUGGCACCAACGUGCGCCGGCGGCCUUUCUCCUUCAAGUGGUGGCACAUGGUGCCCUGAGCCCACCUCCACCCGCCAUCCUCUGUGCCCACCUGCCAGGGAACCCCGCCAGGGUGAGGGCGAGGAGCCUCCACCCGGCCUCCAUCCUCUCAGGGGAGCCUCAGGUGCAUCUUCCCGGGUCCUGGACACGUGCUGGCCACCGCAGGCCCCGGGGUACAGCCACAGACACCACGCACCCUCAUCCCUGGAGUGGCCGCCCCAGCCCAAGGACUGUCCUCAUUCUUCCCUCCCUCUUCCUGAUCCGAGGUUCUGGAAAAGAGCAACCACCUUAACAUAUUCAAGGACGGCCGUGCGUGGUCAUGGUCGUGCUGGGUCCUUGCUCCUCUGUGCUGAUAUUCCUUUCGUGUCUGCACCAGGAAUGGGGCCCAGAGGGCCUGAGCUCGGGGGUGGGGGCCUGGGUCCGGGCACCUGUGGUUCCUGUCAGAGCAGGAGCAGAGAGGUGGGGCACCCCCUUUUCUCUCCCAGCUGUUGCCCCCAUGCAGGGGACCCUCAAGCUGUGACCUCCUGGCACCCCUCAGCCAUAUUUAUAGAGGCCAAUAAGCACAGGAAGGCCGAGCAUCUGAGGGCCUGUCCUAAAAAGAAAAGGCAACAAAACCCCUUUAAUGCCUGACUCCAGCCUCAGAAGGGUGCUUGUUACCUGUGUAGGAAGCCUUUAAUUACGAGUGCUGGCAGCUUCCGGCCCCCAAACGCUGUGAGGCCAGAGAGGCCUCCGGGGGCCACCCAGAGGAAGGCUGGCAGGCGGGAGGCCAGGGUGGCGGACGAGCCUCAGGGCCUGGCCUCUGUGUCCCAGGUGUCCUCGCUUCGGGUUUUGUACCCUGAAUGUGAAGGGGGGCUGGCGGUUCCAGAUGUCACAGGGGGCAAGGGCCCAGAGGUUAGGAGAGGGUGGGGGGGCCAUUAGGUUAUCUCUGAAGGUGGGGUUUAAUUUCCUUUAAUUGUCUUUAAUUAUUCCCCUUGGUCCCGCUGGCAGUGGGAGGAACGGCUUGCCCAGUCCCUCUUGGCAGCCCCGAGACCCUGCGUGUCACCUGGGUUUCCCUAUAGAGUGACCCCCCUCCUCCGGCAGGCCUGUGUCCCCUCCCAGAGAGGGGAAGAGAGUUGCUACCAGGGUGCGGGGUGGCUAAGAGCCUGGCCCCGGGUGAGGUCACCAGGAUGUGUACAGGCAGGUCGGCUUGGCCGGUGCCAGGCGAGAGGUAUCCUUCUCCAGCCCCAGGCAGGCAUGGGCACAAAGGACCCAGCCUGCCCCCUCCCACCAUUGCCUCUGGGGCCAUCCUGGCGGCUCUCGGCCCUAGCCCUCCACCACCGGGGCUUUACAGAAGCCCCUGGUAAGACUGGGGCCGGGCCAGCCAGCCCCUGGUAAACUCUGUGAGCCACGGACUACUUAGCAAUCAGAAACUUCCAUGGAAACCCAAGAUCUGAAGCGGAUAAAAUCAGGACUGCUAUGGUUUAAGGCGGUGGGGGUGCUGUACCUGGGUCCUCCCCUUCCAGAAGACUCUGAGGACCCCACUCACAAGUCCCUGGUCUAACUUUUGCACUUUCUGCUCAUAACCAUGACCCAGCCUAGACUGAGCCAAGGAGAGAAGGGAGCUCUUUGGGGGCCAAGAGCCUGCAGCCAGGGUUGAGGUUCUCCAGGGAAAGGCUGUGGGUGGAAGGGCAGGGGCAUUGCAGAGUGAUAGGGAGGGCGGGGAGCAGGCCUUCUAGAGCUGCCCUGGGCGUGGGAAGCUCUGGAAUUGCUGCUAGAGUUGUCGGAGGGCCCUAAAGUCCCCUCUGAGAAUGUUCUGGACGACUGAUCACCUCCUGCUUGAUUAAUAAAAAUGUCAACAUGCAUUUCUUCAA